AUGGAACAACCAGCCAUGUCGUGGCCGGAACAACUCCACGAGAAUACUCUCAUUACUGCGCCAAGUGAAGAAGAAUUCUCCAAUUAUCUCGAUUUCAAUAUGCCGUUCACCGAUCUCGAGCACGGACCAGGGCACAUGCAACAUUCCCAGUCUCUACCAACCACUUCCGCUCCAGACUCCAUGGCUCAUCUGCGGUCAAAUCCCAUGCAGUACUCGGGCCAAAUGGAAGGCCUAGCGAUGGAUUUUGGUGGCCAGGAUUCCGCCCAGUCCCAUCCUCAUGGUCAAUUGCCUUACUCGACUCCUAAUAUGACUCCGGGCUUCUGCGCCCAGGAGCCCUCACCCAUGUCGCAAUCACACCAUUACAUGCAGAAUCAGACCAUGAUCCCACCCACCCCGAACAGCAUUGAGAUGCAUGGAAAUGCCGCCCGUUAUUCCCAGCGGGUGGAUGGAACUCCAGAUAUGUACGAUGGAUAUUCGCGCAUCAACGAGGAGCAGGCUCUCUACACCCCUCUCGUUUCGCCAGCUAUGACCCCCCUGGAGAACCAGUUCCGACUUCCUGAAUACACAAUCCCCGGCGAAUACUUCACACCUCUCACUUCUCCCGCCCUAGAGGCUCAGAAUGCCGACUCCAACAGUUAUCAAUACCAUGCAAGACAGGUGUCGGAUGUGGGCUUUGUCCCCACUACUGCAGACAUGAAUUCACUUGCCGCAACAGCGGCUCCAGGCUCCCCCAGCACCCUAAGGAAACCCAAUACCCGCCGGCGGGGAUCGACGGCCUCCAAUCGAUUGAGCACCUCACGGAAGGUCAAGCAAUCACCGAACAUUCUGGCCCAGCGCAAGCGCAGCACCCUGGCUACCAAUUCAGAGGAAUUUUACAAUAGCCUGACUCAAGAACUCAACACGAACCCCACAAGGUUGCAGAACCAGGACAUCCGUUCGCUGCAAACCAGCAGCAAUGAGGCUUCCGGUCAAGACUCGGUUUCCCCAGAGCCACUGUCGGAGCCAUUGAUGCCGCCCCCGGCUCUACCUGCCCCACGGGUGUCUCCCGCCAUUACCCCUCACUCUUCUUCUCCCGGCGGCGCUGCCACCCCUGCGCUGCUAAUGCGCAUCCAGCGGACCCAGCAUUCGCAGGACCCCUCCGGUCAGUUCCGCGGCCAGGCCCAGCUUGCGCAAUCCGAUUUCCCAGAUGAAAUCAUGGAGGAUAUCUCUCUUCCAGAGGCGGCUGCACCGCAGCAGCAGCGCCCAAAACCUAACCGCAUCGAUACCGCCAUACGAACCCCGUCAAUCUCCACCAAUGGAACACCGUUGUUGGCCCCUUCGCCUGCAGCGUACGACCAACCCCACAGUGCCUCCAUUGCCCCCAGUCCACGCACAGCCGCGAUGCCAUCUCCCAGCGGGCCGGUUCCUCGGAGAUCCGAGUCCAGAGCCGCGUCUAAUCGGAAACGAGGCAGCCUGAGUUCUACACAUGCUAGCCCGCAGCUGCGACCUAAGAUCAGUCCCAGCAUUCAGCCACUCAUGAAAGGUAGCGAGGGCUUGUCUCAAGAUGCUCUUCACCUGGCAUCCAAAUCCAACUAUCAACAUAUCCUCGACGGCACUCUUCCAUCUGGUGUCAGCUAUCCGGAGGCAUUGGCCGAGAACCUCAGCUCAAAACGCACGAACCACAAGCUCGCGGAGCAGGGCCGCCGCAACCGAAUCAAUAACGCGCUCAAAGAGAUUGAGCAGCUCAUUCCGCAGGAGUUCAUCGAUGCCCGAAAUGCUAAAGAAGUCGCGGAAGGUGGAGCAAAGAUCAGCGAGAAGGAAAAGGAGAAAGAGAAGGCCAACCAGACAAUCAGCAAAGCCACUGCCGUGGAGAUGGCCAUUGAUUACAUCAAGGCGCUGAAGACGAGCCUGGACGCGACUACUGCUAAGUUGGCUGUGGCUGAGUCCCGGCUGUCGGGCGAGAAGGAGCCAUCCAAAGAGGACUCUACUCCUACUUCUACCAAGCCUCAAGAGGCCAACGGUGUCGCCAGUACGGACACUACAAGCUCGACAUGA